UCUCAGUUUUCAAGGGCAAGGUUAUAUUGAUAGUAAUUUGACUUAUUACAAAUUACAAUCAUAUUGGAAUCUGAGUGAAAGCCUCGAAAUAAACAUUUUAAUUCCUUUUAUCAUAAUAAGAUAGCGUUGCAGUGUUUUAACUUUUGUUAAAUUAUCGACACUGAGCCAUGUCAAAUCAAAAUAAUGGGACUGACUUAUUGAAAAGUAUUGACGAUGUACCUGAGUUGAAUAAAGAGAAUGUUCAUAUUCCGAACAAGGAGGAAUUGUUGUAUAAAUUGAAUAAAGUGAUCAAAGAUGGUCACAGCAAGUUACAGAUCGUGACAGAUUUCGAUCACACUUUAACAAGACACACAAUGGAUAAUGGCAAAUCUGUGUUAACUAGUUUUGGCAUGUUCCGGGAAUGUCCAUCAAUUCCUCAGGACUACAAGGAUGAGGAGAUUAGGCUGGCCUCAAUAUAUAAACCAAUAGAAGUGGACCCAGUUAUGAGCAUUGAGGAGAAAACAAAGCAUAUGAUUGACUGGUAUCAGGCGGCGCACAAACUAUUGCAAGGCAUGAAAUUUCCCAAGCAGGAGUUAUUGGAUAUUGGGUACAAAAUGGUGGAAUGUUUUAGGAGGGGCGUGCAGGAUCUGAUCCUGUGGAGCCAGCGGCAGCAGGUUCCGGUGCUGGUGUUCUCUGCGGGCCUUGGUGAGUCUGUGCUCGCUGCUCUCAAAGCUGCUGACUUCCUGUUGCCACAUGUUAAGGUGAUAUCAAAUUUCCUGGCAAUGGACGAGUCUGACACAAUAGUGGGUAUCAAGGGUGAAGUGAUCCACACAUACAACAAGAACGAGGCUGCGAUCAAAGACACGGAGUACUUCUCUCUGGUGCGGACGCGGCACAAUGUGCUGCUGAUGGGAGAUAACAUCGGUGAUGCUGGAAUGGCGGAGGGCAUGGACCAUUGUGACGUAGUUCUAAAGAUCGGCUUCCUCGGACGCAAUGCUCGCCCCAACCUGCAGAAUUACCUAAACAAGUUCGACAUUGUGCUUGUCGACGAGCCCACAAUGGAUGUACCUAAUGCUAUAUUAAAACUUGUGCUGUGAUUUAAGACUAAUUUUAGUUUUGUUUUUU